AUAUUUUUGUCAACCAUAUCAAAUAAGAUUAAGAGUUUCAUGCCAAAGUCAAACUUCCGAAUAUGCUUUAAAUGGGAAUAUCAUAUUUGCAUAUGAAUAAAUAAGUAGCUUUUUAUCCAACCAGAUCCAGUGGGGUUUUAAUAGUUUUUAUAAAAAUUAAUCUCUUAUAUAUUGCGUAUAAUUUUCUGAUAAAUAUACCUACAAUUUCCAGAGCUUUGACCAAAAACACCGUCCGUAUUUCUACGUUAGAGAGACAAAGCAAGGCGGAGAUUGAACGUUGUAACGCGGCGGAAGACAGCGGAGGAUGGGCGAUCUACUCGAUUGGAUUAUCUCUUUCUUAUUCCUCGCAACGCUUAUAAUCAUCGUUAUUUAUCAGCUGACAUGUUUGGCAGAUUUAGAGUUCGAUCGCAUAAACCCUUACGAUGUAUCUAGCAGAAUAAACCGAAUGGUUCUACCGGAAUUUGGUUUACAAGGACUUCUUUGCUUAUACUAUAUCCUAACCGGACAUUGGUUCAUGGCGGUUUUGUCUCUUCCCCACCUUUUCUACAACAUUAGACUAUACAUGAAGAGGGAACAUUUGGCAGACGUAACAGAGUUAUACAACACAAAUAAAUGGGAGCAAAAGAAACGAGUGUACAAGAUUGGUCAUAUAGCUCUCUCCAUUUUUAUCACAACCUAUUGGUUGAUCCACUCGGCAUUAGGAGACAUCUAAGGUUGGAGAAACCACCGGACUACAUCAAUUUAUUUUACAUUUUAAGAUCGAAUUCCUAAUGGAUUUUGGUGACUACGAAGAUGUUUAUGUAGUUCUUCAUUUUUCUGUUUCAGCAUUUUUGUUAUGGGCUAUAUUCAGAAACGUUAUAUUUUCUUAUUUUUUUGAGUACAAAUUUAAUGCACAUCAAUGAAAGAUUACUUUUUCACAAACUUGCUGUGUAGUGAGUAUCCCUGUAUAUCGUUAUGGUAGCUAGCUUGUG